GAGGAGGGGUGUUGGGGAGGAGUGUCAGAGACCAUGUUACUGUUAUGUUCCCUAUUAUCAGACAGUCAUUAUACCUACUAUCAAGAUUAGUAAUAAUUAGUAGUCUGAAAUAUCAGCGCCACCGUGCGUGUGUGUCUACGGAGGACAGAAUAGAAUAGAAUUCAAAAUGUGCUUUGCAACAAAGAACUGUGGUGAAAUGCUGCUGAUGAACAAUAGUGAUGGGGGAGCUUUGUAUAACAUUAGUAGUGGUGGGGGCCAGGGAAAUGGGACAGAUGGGACCGAGAUGACGAAGUUGUUGGUGCCCAUGCUGGACGGCCUCAUCCUGGUGACGGGCCUGGCGGGCCACUGCCUAGUCAUCUCCAUCCUGGCCGGCCGCAGGAGGCGAGGUGGAAAGCCUCCUCAUGGGACAGACACCCUGCUGCUGGCUCUGAGUGCUGCUGACCUGCUGCUGUUGCUCUGCCUACCCUUCCACACCGCGGCCAUCGCCCUGGGCUCCUGGCCCUUCGGCAGCUUCCUCUGCAAGGUCGUCAGCUUCCUGGGCGUGGCCUGUUCUUCCGCCUCAGUCUUCACGCUGGCUGCGCUCGCCGUGACCCGCUACCUGACUGUGGUCCACCCCGCCUGGUCCUUCCGCUCCCGCAUGCACAGCCGCCUCAAACUGACCGUGGCGCUCCUCUGGGUUCCCGCCGUAGCCCUGGCAGCUCCGCAGUUUGCUUUCCGCACGGUGGCGGUGUCCAGCGCGUUACACUGCUUCGCCUUCCUGGGCGGCCUCAGUCAGCUGGUGUACAGCACGGCGUUGUUCCUGUUUGCCUUUGCGAUACCAUUGGGCGUUAUUGUGAUGAUGUACGCCAAGAUCUACUGCUUCCUGCGCCAGAUGAGACUGUUGGGAUGUGCCUCCCAGCUGGAGCGCUACCAGAGCCAGGUGACCCACACGUCAGCGCUGCUGGUGCUGGUCUUCACCCUCUGCUGGCUGCCCUCCUACGGCCUCAUGUUCUCCCUCCUAGGGGUCAGAAUCUCUGGUGUCUCCAGCUACCGCUCCAUAGCAAUCUUCAUCCGCCUACUGGCGUCUUCAGCAGCGGUGGUUAACCCCGUCCUCUACGUGUUCAUGUCCAAUAAGUUCAGGAGGGAUCUGAUGGACUUGGGCCGGGAGAGAUGGGAGGGGUGCAGGGGGUGUAUGGCAGGGUGUACCGGGGUGUUCAGGGGCAGGGACAUGGUGCAGCCCUUCAACCCUGUGGAGCUGGAUACGCCACCCCUACCCCUACCCGGAUUCUAAGGGUUACUAUGAAAACUCAAUGGACAUUCUGUGGAUACUUAACGGAUAUUCUAUAGAGCUUUAAUGACCCUCUAUGGACCAGGUAUGUUCACUAUAAACGUUCUAUGGACCACUCUAUGGGCCUUCUAUAGACCACUCUAUGGGCCUUCUAUAGACCACUCUAUGGGCCUUCUAUAGACCACUCUAUGGGCCUUCUAUAGACCACUCUAUGGGCCUUCUAUAGACCACUCUAUGGGCCUUCUAUAGACCACUCUAUGGGCCUUCUAUAGACCACUCUAUGGGCCUUCUAUAGACUACUCUUAUAGACUACUCUUAUAGACUACUCUUAUAGACUACUCUUAUAGACUACUCUUAUAGACUACUCUUAUAGACUACUCUAUAGACUACUCUAUAGACUACUCUAUAGACCACUCUAUAGACCACUCUAUAGACUACUCUAUAGACUACUCUAUAGACCACUCUAUAGACCACUCUAUAGACCACUCUAUAGACCACUCUAUAGACCACUCUAUAGACCACUCUAUAGACCACUCUAUAGACCACUCUAUAGACCUAUGGACAGUGGGGGAACAUGUUUGACUUGAACAAGAUCGGUCUUACAACCUCACCUCAUUUCAAUAAACACAAUUAGCUCAGCUGAGGCCAUUAGCUUUUUCCCGUUUUUAAUAGCACAAGCUGAUUAAAAACCACACGUGUACGAGUGCGUGAAAGCCCAGCUAAAACGGACAAUUCUACACGAUACCCCAGCAUCCUCCAUUGAGAGGAUCCGCCAGAAUGUUUUUCCUCUUGCGGACAGUAGAACAUAACAGGGUCAACGUUCAUACUCACUCUCCACCACCGUCUUGAGGUCUGAUCCGUCAUCGUUGAUCUGCUGGAUGUUUCCAAAGUGUAUAUCACUGAAGAAGAUCCGAUUGGCUCCCCUCCCCCCUCCUCCGCGGUAGUCAAAGGUCAGAGCGAUGACGUUCUUCAUGUGUUCCGGGUCCUCGAAGGGCUUGAUGGGGGCGUUCAGGUUGGUCUCGUCUGAUAGGUGGAUGCUCUUCAGAAUGGUCCGCUCCGAGUAGAGCAGGUAGCUGUCGUAGUCGCGGCAACCGCGGCUGUCCUCGGCCAGCAUGCCGUGUGCGCAGGCGCACGUUCGCUCCCCGUUGCCACGGUAAAGGCAGAGCUGUUCGCAGCCGCCGUUGUUGUCUUUACAGACGUUGGUGCCUGAGGGAGAACACACGCACAUCAGUCUCACACAAUUUAACACAGCACACCUGGGUUAGAGAUAAUUCCGUUGCAGUCAAUCCAGGAAGGGAAUUAAAAUUCCUUGUUCCAAAUAACUGCCCCUAUUUAUUUACUUUUCAUUUGAAAUGUCAAUUAAACUCCUGCGUGGACCGAUUUAAAAUUAAUUGGAACCCAACCCUGCCACACAUGUGGGUUUCUCUUAGAGGUUAAAUGUCCUUACCUUGUUGCCGGUCCCUGUUGAAGACCUUGAUGUCCUUCAGUUGUACACCGAUGCCUGUCCUCAGAUACACAUAUUCUGUAGCGUUGUCUUUGUUGCCUCUCUUGAUGGAACCGUUGGCGUGAGUCCUGGUCCAACACGGCAAACAAAACACUAGUCAGUCACGUUCAAACAGGCUUGGAGGUAAAACAAACAAAUUGUAUUAAACGACACUCACGCGAUGGGAAUCUAAGUCUGGUAAAUGGCAGGACGGCAUAAAAUGUAGGAAAACUGUUCGUCUAUGGCCUUAUGCUCCUUAAAGGAGCCAAGCACAUUAGUCAAGUAAAUCAAGUAUACCAUAGCAGGGUAACAUAUUAAGGGUUAAACCAAGACCGAGGAGGUGACAGGGAUAGGACAGCAGGGAGCUCACCUGUCACUCCAGUAAAUGUAGCCCUCGAAGACGGACACAGCGAACAUGUCCAUGUUGUUGUUAACUAGCACCACCUCUCUGUUCUCUCCCGUCUCCAGGUUGAUGCGCUCGAUCCGGUCUGUCCGUGCGUCACACCAGUACAACAGCCCCUCCUACACACACAAUCAGACAAAUACUCAAACCGCUUUCUAAAAGAAAACAGGAGAGAGGAGAAAACGCUAGGUGUGAAUCUGAAAGAUGGAUGUGUGUGUGGACUGUACCUUGUAGUCGAUGGAGAUUCCGUUGGGCCACAUGAUGCUGGAGUUGACCAGGACUAAUCUCUGAGAGCCAUCCAGACGGGCCCUCUCUAUACGGGGGACCUGGCCCCACUCUGUCCAGAACAGAUACCUGCAGAAACACGCAGACACACACUCGUAUGAGGUUGAAGGCAAACAUGUACAGUUUCCCCGUCAUAUGACCAGUUACUGCUCGCAAUUAUUAAUCAAAGUGCAAACAUAACUGAUUGCUGGACCAAUAAUAACAACCUAUAAGUAACCAUGCUAAGACACACAGAGCACUACGGGCAGACACCCAAUCCCUAGUCCCAGCCCCAACUACAUACCCUCUCUCUGGGUGCACGGUGAUGGCGCGGGGCUUGUCCAAGCCCUGGGAGAUGACCACGUAGCAGAAGGAUCCAUUGAGUCUGGCCACCUCGAUGACGUCAAAGCCCUGGUCUGUCCAGUAGAUGUUACCUGACAGGGGACGGAUGGGAGGAGUCAGUGGGUGUGCGUGUAUGCGUCCCUGCGUGUGUAUGUGGUUACGGUUCUGGUUGUUCUCUGACCUGCGAUCCAGUCCACAGUGAUGCCCUCCACCCUGCCGAUGCCGUUGGUCACCACGUCUUCUCGCCACGUCUGGUCUCUCUUAGCUCGGCUGAUGGUGCUCAGUCCCAUGUCCACCCAGUAGAUAGUGUCAUUUUCUAACAAGACAGACGUGAGGACGGUUAGUAACCGGAUACAAUAAUCAUUACCGUUACCAAAAUAAAGUCCUACUAAAAUAGGUAGCCUAGCAGUUAAGAGCAUUGGGACCGUAACCAAAAGGUCGCCGGUUUGAAUCCCGGAGCUGAAUGUGUGUGGGGGGUGGGAUCUGCCGAUGUGCCCUUGAGCAAGGCAUGUAACCCUAAUUGCUCUGGAUAAUAUUUGCCAAUGUUGCUUGAACAUAAUAAAGUUACAUAGUAAUUACUUGGAAGACCGUAGGCAGGUACAACGUAGAAACAGUUUGGGGAAACAUCUUUGCAGGACGGUUGGUGUGACUACACAUUAACACUCAAGUGACUUGAUCCUCAAACCAAACUCCUGUUUCGGAAUUGGUAGGCCCACAGCAGUAUACUCACCGGCGUGGAAGUCGAUGCCCACAGCUAGCGAGGUGCCAGACACGGGCACCAGGGCAUCAGAUUUAUCAGACGGGUCCAGGGGGAUUCCUCUAAUUCCCUCAUGUACUGAGUAGAGCAGGAAGGAACCCAUACCUGGAGAGGGAGGACAGAAAGUUACUAAGGCUACUGUUACAGUAAGAUGUCUCUGUAUAUUCUACCCAGCAAGGCUAUAUAGAGGAUGAGGUGCUUCUAUAUCCACGAGUGUCCAAGCGCCUGUGACCUUUUGAAUGUUUGAAUCCCUUUGCGACGUAACGUGAUUUGUGGAUUUGAAUAAAGUGUUUAAAAAUGUGUGUGUGACGGUCUCUUACCCUCGCAGGACUGCUGUCCACUCUUAAGGCUGUAGCCUGCAGUAC